AUGCUGCAAUCUCCAUUCUUGCUCAUCUGUGUUCAGCGUUUCGAUCUUGUUCUUCCUCAAAAACCAGGACAUUUCUUAGAUAAAUUUUCCCAAAGUCAUUCUUCAUCUUGCAGGAAGCACCUGUCUUGGCUGUUCCAUUCUGUGACUUACUACUUCGUUGAGUCCUGGGGUACUCGCCUGACGAGGGGGUUUGUGGUAGCCAACAGCGAGAUGAAUGCUGCAAAGAAGCCACCUGCCUGUAUGCUGAUCAGCGCUGUGGAGAGGUAUGAUGACCAGCUGAAUGUUUCUCAUCACAGGAAGUGCUUCGAUUUGGAGCCUGUUGCGGCAGAAGAGCAGCAGCUACCUUGCUUUCAUAAGAACCGGGACAAACUAUCACUGGAGCCAACAGUUGAAAAACAGGCAAAAUACUUGAGGCAGAAAACAGGAAUCAUAGAAGAUGAAGAUGAGAAAGAGAAGGCAGACUGGGGUAAACGCAAAAGAGACUACUACCGAGCUGAUAACAUCGAUUACGAGAAACUCGUAGAGCGAAGUGAUCAGUUGGUCAAAGACAAGGUCAAAGACAAAACAUCAGAUGUACCCAUUGAGAAAUUGGAGGACGGGAACUUCGCAACUAGAGAGGGCAAAAACUACAUGGAAAUGAAGCAUAUGCUUCUUUUGAGUUACUGCCGAACUAUCGUUUUUUAUCUGCUUCUCAAAGCAGAAGGGCGAUCAGUCUGUGAUCAUCCAGUGAUUGCAAAGCUGGUUGAAAUUCGGACGUUGCUUGACAAGCCACAGUUUGUCGGAGAAGAAAGCAGAAACAUGCUAAGAGAGAUGGAAAGACUACAAGAAAAAGCUAGACGUGAGCAGUUACUGGAGCAGACUAGAGUUUCAGAACUCCAAACUGGAAAAAGGCGUGAGGCGAAACGGCACCGUGGGCUGCUGGAUGACUUGGAGGAUGAUUUGGGUGCCCUUGACCAAGAGUCGCAGCCGAAAACCAUAUCGCGAGUUGUUGCUGAAGCUGGAAAACGUCAAAAGAAGCCAAAAGAGCACAUUGGAGAAAGAAGAAGAAAGCGUGAGGUCCAGACCUCUGGUCGGGCGGAAUCACCUGUUGAACAAUCCGAAGAUGACGAUGAUGGUCAAACACAGCGAGAGGAUGAGUUUUAUCAAGAAGCGAAAGCAAUCAAACUCGCCAAGGAUGCCGCCAGGGCCGCCAAAUGGAGAAGAAUCGUGAACACCAUAUCGCAAAAAGGCCUCGAAGAAUCUACGGAAGAAAUUCAAGAUGACGCAUGGAAAGGCGGUGACCAAAAGGACAAGUCCGGGACAUCAGAAUGGAAGCAGGACCAUAUGGAGAGGAAUCCACUGGUGUCCGCACAAAUUUGA